AUGAGCAUCGCAUCCAAGUCUCGAUUCAUAUUUUUGAUCUCCUCUUCACUGCUCGCUGUGAUUGCGGUAGCAAUAAUCGCUAGCUGCUUGUUCUCCGUUAGUUUCCGUUACAUCACCGAUCAUGAACACCUCAAGGGUACACGAUAUUACGGAUUGAUACGGUAUUGUUUCGAGUCUGAAUUCGGUUCCUACGGUUCAGACGACUCCAAUGCUGACGUGUGCUACCUGAGGACAGCGGCACCUAAACAUGCAACUAAAAUAGAGUACAAGACGCAAUAUGGAGAAUUCGAGUUGGCAACAUUAAUUCUACUGUCAUGUGCGAUAGCAGCUAGUCUGUUGGCCGUAUGCUUUGCCAUUUGUACUAUAUUCACCCCUUUUGGAGCGCUCGCUCAUUGCGUUAUGUUAUUAGUAGCGACAAUAUGCUCAGUAUCCGCUUUCAUUGUCUACACUUAUUUCAAUGAGCUCAAGGAUAACCAGAACGAAACUGUGAACGGAAACAUCAUUCGGUAUCACUUUGGCUGGGCCUACUAUUGGAGCGGUGGUGCCGCCGCCUGUCUCUUCGUUUCAUUUGUCAGCAGCCUCUUCGCUUCCGCUUGUGUAUUGGUGCAUAAGCAACAAAAGGACAAAAUUGACACCGUAGUCUUAUGA